UCACCUGCGCUGCCCGCAGGUGAGCCGCCAUGUUGCGGCCCUGAGCGGAGCACGGGAUGCAGUGCGGCGAGGCGGUGGUAGCCGGCGGCGGCUGCCGCCUCCUCUUCCUCCUCCUUCCGCGGGGGCUCCUGCUUCUGUUCGGUGUCUGCAAAGCUCUUUCCCUGGAAAUUAAAGCCAGUCCUAAAGUGCGAGCUUUCCUUGGUGAACAAGUAUCGCUGCAAUGCUCAUUCAAAUCCAGUUCUCCCAUCACUGAGAGCCUGACGGUAGACUGGACAUACCGGCCCCUCACAGGUGGUCAGAUGGAGUCUAUUUUUCAUUAUCAGUCUGUUCCAUACCCAACAACAGUGGGAAAGUUCAAAGACAGGAUAUCCUGGGUUGGGAAUGUUGCCAAGGGUGAUGCUUCCAUUGCUAUCCAAAGCCCAGUGAUGAGUGACAAUGGGACGUUCAUCUGCAGCGUGAAGAAUCCUCCAGAUGUGUACCAUAACAUUCCCCAGACAAUGCUGAUAGUUACGGAGAGGGGCCUUUCCUUCCAGCUAACUUCAGCGGUGCUGCUGUCCAUUUUAGUAUUUCUCCCCUCCGUCGUCGUGGUCAUUCUGCUGUUGGUAAGGAUGGGAAGGAAAUUUGGAGUACUAAAGGAGAAAAAAAAGUCUGGCUGUAAGAAAUCCUCCAUUGAAGUGUCUGAUGAGCCUGAACAUAUGGAGACAGACAGCUGCUUGGGUAAACUCAGAGACUGGUUUCUGAACUGUGUGGACACGGAUGAGGAAGACCCAUACUGAUGAAAGACUAAAGCUGUGGAUAAAGAACAAAAUUACAGCACUGAAAAUCGUGGCUAGAUAGGUAUGAAGGCUGCUGGAUAACCAGUGCAGACUGAGGGACCUGCUCUAAUCUUGGUAGAUUGGAAGAAUACUGCCGAUGGGAUAAUUCACUUUCAUUUAAGCACAAAAUAAUGAUUUUUGAAAUAUUUCUAAUUUAUUGGGGGAAAAAAAAAAAAAUCUCUUAACUUCACUUCUCCAGUGCCUACAGAAACCUCAGUGCCUACAGCUGUACAGCCCAUUUCCUACCAGCAGUCUGACAAUGCAUGUUUCUUAGUUUGCUUGCAAAUUUGUUUCCUUUAUUAUUGGUGACAUCCCUGCUUUCUUGUGCCCUUGAAUUUGAAUUGCCUGAAGCACAGGCUACUCCAGAGUGAUGUCAGCUCUCUAAGGUGAUCAUCAUUGGGCAUUGAUGAUGUUUUCUUCUCAAUUUUUUUGGAACAUAUUUGCUAUGGACUUAAAACAGUUUGAUUAAGGUGGUAUAUGGCAUCCUUUGUCUUGGAGCAAAGAGAACCUACUGCUUUUCAACUAUUUCUUGGUUUAAUCUGCCACUUAGCUACAGGAUUACCAUUUUGUUCCUACUGUUUUCUGAUUCUAUUUUUAAGUCACCAGUAGUGUUACCUUACAUCAUUGAGUUUUAUCUUUCCUUUUUUUUUUUAUUAUUUGUCCAACAGCUGCAUCACUAGGUACAUUUCCUUUCUACUUGUAGAAGUGAAGCACAAUUCAUAUAAAACUAUUUUUUUAAAAUCAGAAGUGUAAAUGGGGACUCUGUAUCUGGGGAAACAUAACCCCAUCUACCUCAACCAUUGACUCAAGCAGUGUCCAAAGGAAUGUUCCAUGUUGAAGAACAGUCAUGUUCCUCCUCUCUUCUUUUAGGUACCAUUUUAGGGAAACAGCUAAACAUGCAUCGUUACUGCCUGGACAUUGUCCAAUAAUGGAUGGCAGAGAGCAGUGGAAUUCAUGUCUGCUCAAUACCUAAACAGUUGCUGUUUUCUGCUUCCUUUCUGUAUGCGGCAUUGGUCAAAUAGUCUCCUUUUACAUAUGUGUUGUAAGUUUACUGUUGACUUUGAUAUGCCAUUACCAAUAAAUUGUUUUGUUUCA